AUGGAGAAAAGUUCGGCUCCAUGGAUGAGACUGAGCACUGAUGAUUCUAUGUUGGAUCAGUUUCUCAAACAAAUUGAACUGAAAACUGCUCCUGCUGAUUUCCAGCUCCCUACAACGAACCAAACAAGACACUGCUUCACCCGUUACACUGAGUUCCACAGAUGCACAACUGCAAAGGGUGAGGAAUCCAAUGAAUGCGAGAGGUUGGCCAAGUACUACCGUGCUCUCUGCCCUGGAGAAUGA